UUUUAAAAAAGGUCUCGUUUUGGAGGGGCUCUGGGAAAUCAUGGGUCUCCCUGCCUUGGAAUUUAGCGAUUGCUGUUUGGACAGCCCUCAGUUCAGAGAGAGGCUCAAGUCUCAUGAAGCUGAGCUGGACAAGACCAACAAGUUCAUCAAGGAGCUCAUCAAAGAUGGGAAGACGCUGGUUGCAGCCCUAAAGAAUCUGUCUUUAGCAAAGCGGAAGUUUGCAGAUUCCUUGAAUGAUUUCAAAUUUCGAUGCAUAGGCGAUGCAGAAACAGAUGAUGAAAUAUGCAUAGCAAAAUCCCUGCAAGAGUUUGCUGCUGUUCUUCGAAAUCUAGAAGAUGAGCGCAUGCGCAUGAUUGAGAACGCUAGUGAAGUCCUAAUUACUCCUCUGGAGAAAUUCCGCAAAGAGCAAAUUGGUGCUGCUAAGGAAGCCAAGAAAAAGUAUGACAAGGAGACGGAGAAAUACUGUGGUGUGUUAGAAAAGCACUUAAACCUGUCUUCCAAGAAGAAGGAAUCCCAGCUUCAAGAGGCAGACAGCCAGGUGGACGUGGUUCGACAGCACUUCUAUGAAGUCUCGCUUGAGUAUGUCUUCAAAGUACAAGAAGUUCAGGAGAGGAAGAUGUUUGAGUUUGUGGAACCACUGCUGGCAUUUCUGCAAGGACUGUUCACGUUCUACCAUCACGGCUACGAGCUUGCAAAGGAUUUCAGUGAUUUCAAGACAGAGCUGACAAUCAGCAUACAAAAUACAAGAAAUCGUUUUGAAGGCACAAGAUCAGAGGUUGAGUCCUUGAUGGGGAAGAUGAAGGAGAAUCCCCAUGAGCACAAGAACAUCAGCCCUUACACUAUGGAGGGCUACCUGUAUGUCCAGGAAAAGCGUCAUUUUGGGACAUCGUGGGUGAAGCAUUACUGCACCUAUCAGAGUGAAUCCAAACGAAUAACUAUGGUGCCAUUUGACCAGAAGUCUGGCGGAAAGGGGGGAGAAGAUGAAGCCAUUACCCUCAAAUCCUGCACACGUCGGAAAACUGAUUCCAUAGAGAAGAGAUUUUGUUUUGAUGUAGAAGCGGUGGAUCGGCCUGGAGUGAUCACAAUGCAGGCGCUUUCUGAAGAAGACCGAAGGUUGUGGAUGGAGGCAAUGGACGGCCGGGAACCGGUCUAUAACUCGAACAAAGACAACCAAAGUGAAGGCACUGCCCAGUUGGAUAAUAUGGGCUUCAGCAUUGUCAAGAAAUGCAUCCAUGCUGUUGAAACAAGAGGGAUCAAUGAGCAAGGACUCUUCCGAGUAGUUGGUGUGAACUCCAGAGUUCAAAAGCUAUUGAGUAUCUUAAUGGAUCCCAAAACUGCUGAAACAGAAGAUGAAAUCUGUGCAGAAUGGGAAAUUAAAACAAUCACAAGUGCUCUGAAAACAUACUUGAGAAUGCUCCCUGGGCCACUCAUGAUGUAUCAGUUUCAAAGAAGCUUCAUCAAAGCAGCAAAACUGGAGAAUCAAGAAUCAAGAAUCGCAGAAAUACAUAGCUUAGUACACAGACUCCCUGAGAAAAACAGACAGAUGCUGCAUUUGCUCAUGAAUCACUUGGCAAAUGUUGCUAAGAACCACAAACAGAAUCUAAUGACUGUUGCAAAUCUGGGGGUUGUUUUUGGACCAACAUUAAUGCGGCCACAAGAAGAAACAGUUGCUGCAAUUAUGGACAUCAAAUUCCAAAAUAUUGUGGUUGAGAUCUUAAUAGAAAACCAUGAAAAGAUAUUUAACACAGUUCCAGAUACGUCACAGUCAAAUUCUCAGCUGCUCUUGUCUCGAAAGAGGAGUACAGAUUCAAAGCCGCCAUCGUGCAGUGAGAGGCCUUUAACACUCUUCCAUUCUGUGCAACCCAAUGAAAAGCAGGAGAACAGGAACAGCAUCAUCAACUCCAGCUUGGAAUCGGUCAUAUCAUCAAACAUCAACAGUUUCCUCCAUUCCAACAGCACUCCUCAAUCUAACAUGAACUCAAGUGACCCUGACUUAGAAGUUAUUAAACCCAGCAGGCCAAACUCACUCCCUCAGAAUCCAAGUCCAACGUCACCCCUUUCACCGUCUUGGCCUAUGUUCUCUGCACCAUCCAGCCCUAUGCCCACCUCCUCUACGUCCAGCGACUCAUCCCCCAUCAGUUCACCAUUCCGUAGAGCCAGAGCAUUGUAUGCUUGUAAAGCAGAACAUGACUCAGAACUCUCCUUCACGGCAGGCAUCGUAUUUGAUAAUGUUCAUCCAUCUCAAGAACCUGGCUGGUUGGAAGGAACCUUGAAUGGAAAAACAGGAUUGAUUCCUGAGAACUAUGUAGAGUUCCUAUAACUAUGGACACAUUCAUAAACAACACUGCUGAGCUUUACAUGGUAUCCAUGACAACUGCUGAUUAGAGUAUUGUAGAUCAUUUGCUGUUUGCCACUGUGAAAAGCAAGGUGAAGGACUCAUACCUUUUCAGAUGAAUGUUUAUGUAAAUAAUAAUGUGUGUUUCUCUUUAUGUAAUGACUUUUUGUGUGCAAAGGCACUGUGGACAAUGGCAGAGAGGAAAGGGGCCGGCAGGAUGAGGGGUUUCAGUGGAGAUUGUUCAGCUCUUCUACGAAAGGUGGGCUCCCACUUUUUAAAUGGUGGUUUGUUCUGGAGGGCAAGAUAUUAAUAGGAUGUGUAAAUGUAACUUUAAAUUAGUGUGAUUCUUGAGACAAGGCUCCAUUUAACUGGAACCACUUGUAGAAAAUCAAAGUGAUUGCAGAGUUGGCCCUGUGGUGUUGGCAUCCAGGGAAUGCUUGAAGAACAAAGGGUUAGGCCUCUUCGGUUUUCCACUGGCUGGCAAAAAUAAACAUCAAAUUUGCUGGGAGGAAAACAUAUGUCUGCUCUUUUUAUCUUUAGCAGGUGAAAGUAAUGUUUAUAUACAUCCAGCCACGAAUGGCUUUCUUCAGCAGAGAUUUGCCAUCCUUGACAGGAUUCAGUGCAUUGUCCAGACAUAAAUAAUUCCUGUAAUGAAAACUGCAUCGCUACAGAACACCAAAACCAAUGCACAGCAGCUGCAUUACAAUAAUGCUUUUAAACUUUGUCAUGUCCCAGCAAGAGAAGGAAUGUUUUCCACAGCGUGUGUAGCAUCAGCAAUUUGAAGAAAAUUGUGUUUUUGGACCAAAGUUCAUAAAGAUUGGGUUUUGGGUUUUUUUAAAAAAACAAAACCAUUUAGAAGAAUUCUGUCUAAAAUAUCGGCCAUCUCUCCAAACAGGCGUUUCCUUCCUGCAGGUCAAGGAGUAGCUUGUGUAGAAUAGCACAUAGGCCAGGUGACUUGCAGUCUUUCUGUUGUCACUUACUAGCACAAGUUUGUAGAGCCAAGCACCUACAGCUUAUUGGGCACCCGGCCUUUCCUUUUUUCUGAGGUGUGGGCUCCUUCUGUCAUCACAACAACUGCUUUCAAGACAUGGCGUCUCUUUCUUGCUUUGUAGCCUGUAGUGUAUCUGAUGCUCACUUCACACAAUCAACUCUCUUAAAACCUUAUAUUUAUCGUGUAGCCAAGUGAAAAUGUGUAAACACCCGCCUACACAAAGUAUUGAGAUUUGUAUUAUUCACCUCUUCAUAAAUUAUGCCUUUCAGUAAUGCCUUCUUCAGUGAAAUAUCUAUGUGGGGCAGACUUGCUCUUGUCCUAGAUUGCUCUCAAGGUGUUUUGUAUAUUACUUUGAAUAGUUGUAGAUUUUACACUUUAAAAAAAUGUCAUGAUCUGAAAGCCAAACUUUCCAGAUAUCAUGCUUGUAUUUUUUUUUAAUAGGAAGUUUGACUGUGUUCAAUGGAAAUUUAAAAACUGGCCUACCUGCAGAAAUAGUGAUGGGCACUUCCUGGUGGAUUGCGCUCUCUCUCUCUCUCUCUCUCUCUCUCUCUUAUUUUACCUAGCUGCUAUACUAUCAUACAUUUGUGGUUAUAUACUUCUUUCUGCUUUAAAGUGUGCUUUUUUAAUUUAAUUCUUGAGUGGUCACAUUGCUGUAUGUUUCACUGACCAUGUGUUUUAAAAUUGAGGUGUAAAUAUGUUGAUUUGAAAUAUUGUGAAGUAAAGGGUUUUUAUAUAUUCUGAUUUUUAACAGAUGUGUAAUAAACUAGGUAUUCAUUCAGUGGACAUUUGAAACUUGUUUAAUAGGAGAUGUAAAGGCAAGCACAAAUGUACACCCCAGCAUUAG